GCGCGUGCGCAAUCGGUCGCGUGUCGCGAACGCUAAACCCGAGAAGUGCGUGCAACGAAACAUGUUGUUUUGAUAUUGUACUCUUAGCAGAGCACUGAAAUCUUAAUUUUAAAAAAAAGGUGCUCUGCUCUUAGUACGUGUAUUGUUGUAUAGACUUGUUGUAAUGACGAAAUUAAUGAAAUUGAGUCCAUGUGAUUUCGUAGGUGAAUUGCUGUUGGCAGUUAAUAUUCUGAGGAGAGGUGGUGUGGUCGCAUUUCCUACAGACACCGUCUAUGGCAUUGCUACACUAGCACAAGACACUAGAGCUGUGAACAAGCUUUAUAACGUGAAAGGACGUGACUUCGUCAAGCCAGUUGCGAUUUGCGUUGGCCAAGUCGCAGAUAUAUCAAAGUGGGCAAAAAUUACAGUAUCGCGCAAGCUGUUGGAUGAUCUUCUGCCAGGACCAGUGACUAUAGUGCUUGAACGCACACCACUACUGAACCCACAGCUGAAUCCGAAAUCAGCACUAGUGGGCGUGCGUGUACCAGACGACAUGUUUGCUAGGCAGCUAGCACAAGAAUGUGGUGAACCUCUAGCACUGACAAGUGCCAACUUGAGCAACGAGGCCAGUAGCAAUUCUGUAGAGGAAUUCCAAUGCUUGUGGCCAAAACUUGAUCUGAUAAUUGAUGGUGGACCAAUCAGUGUGGGAGAGGAUUCAAGACAAGGCUCAACAGUUAUCGAUCUUUCACAUGAAGGCUUCUUCAAAAUCAUCAGGAACGGAACGGAUCGGUCUUACCGGUCCACAGUGGAGGUCCUGGUGGAAAAGUAUAGCCUACAGGAGCUUGUGAAAUAGACUGAAAAAUAUAUCUUAUUCAUUAAAUCUUUUAUUUAUUUUAUAAUAAUAAUAAUGAAAAAG